GAUCGCUGUGAUCGCUCUCCCCUUGCCCGUUUCAUGGGGCGAAGCCAGAACGGUUCCUUUCCCAUUACCGCAGCUGUACCGCGUGUAUUAUUUGGAGUUUGAUAUAAGAAUAAGGGGCUGUAAUAAUGGGGGGCGAGGAAGGUUUAGGAGUAACAACUGGUCAACCGAAUCUUUACAAGCAGGACUUAUCGAAAUUGGAUGUCAGCAAACUAACAGCCUUGUCCCCUGAAGUCAUCAGUAGACAGGCGACAAUCAACAUCGGUACCAUUGGUCAUGUAGCCCAUGGAAAAUCGACAAUCGUAAAAGCCAUCUCUGGUGUGCAAACUGUUCGUUUUAAGAAUGAGCUCGAGCGCAACAUUACCAUUAAACUGGAGGCUCGUGCGGCGGAGAAUCCCAGCGGAGAAUCGGCUAAAGUACCGGGUGAUAUGACUGAAAUGCUGCCGGCAUAUCGUGAAAAAAGGCCAAGAUCGCCAGGAUUAACACCGUCGCCUCCUGCGAAACGAUCAAAGCGCGAGGAUUCUGCUCGCGAUAAGGAUAAUAAAGAAUCCAAUGAGAGUCUGCAUCUAUCAACAAUAGAAGAUUCGUACUCGACAGACAUUGAAAAAUACGAAGAGAGUACACCGAGUAACGUUAAAAAUGAUACGGAUAAUCAGACGACGACAACAACUACAUUGGCAAACGCAACGUCAAAAGAUUCCGAAGAUCAAACCGUAGCGAAAAAGGAAGAGAUAAAAAUGAAAGAAUUGCGUGUCGUAUUGCGCGACAUAAGAUUGACGAAUUUUCGUUUUAACAGUAAUAAAAAAGCGAGUAACGAACCAAACCUGUUCGAAGUUGAGAAAAUACUCGGCAAGAGAAUGAAGAAUAAUGUGCCUCUUUAUUUUAUCAAAUGGAAGAAUUGGUCGAGCGAAACUAACACCUGGGAGCCGGUGGAGAAUCUCGUCAAUUGUUCCGAAAUGUUAGACACUUUUGAAAAGGAACGAGUCCAAUUGUUAGAAAAUUUUAAGCGCGAGACUAAUUUCUAUCCGGACGCAAAGGAAGUGGAGAACCACAUGAAAGAAUUAAUUAAGAGAAACCAACCGAUCGACGGUACAUUCACCGAUCAGGACGAUCUUUAUCGUAGUCUCAAAAGUUUUUUCAACCCUCGAACGUUCGAUAAGAAGCGUGAAAAGUUAACCAGAUGGAUAAAGCGCAGUAUAUUACACGCGUUGUUCGGUGAAUUAAGGAGGGAUCAGUUGGAGUCGUUGAUGGAAUGGGAGGCCGAAAUAAACAGUAUAACAAAAGGGAAACCAACGAUUCUAGUUGAAAAUUUGGCCGAUUUAGAGAGCGCGCCUCAAGAUUUUUUAUAUAUCGAAGAAUACUUGCCGGGCAACGGAGUCAUUAUCCCGGACGAGCCCCCGAUCGGUUGCGAGUGCAAAAAUUGCGAUUCAAGAUCCAAAUGUUGUUUUACCCAGUACGACGGCGUUAUUCCUUACACACAGGGUUGCCGGGUCCGCGUACCGCCGGGAACUCCGAUCUACGAAUGCAACAAGCGCUGCAAAUGCCCGGCUGAUUGUAAAAAUCGAGUAGUACAGCGAGGCUCGAAUGUAAGAUUGUGCGUUUUUCGUACUUUCAACGGACGUGGCUGGGGCGUUAAAACGUUAAAGUUCAUAAAAAAAGGUACUUUCGUGACGCAAUACGUUGGAGAAGUAAUAACGAACGAAGAGGCAGAGAAACGUGGAAAAGACUACGACGCCGCUGGCAGAACUUACCUCUUCGAUCUCGACUACAAUGUUUCCGAGCUCGAAGAUGCCUGUCCCUAUACCGUUGACGCUGCUGUCUACGGAUACGCGAACGCGAAAAUCUACAAGUGCGACUAUGAAAAAUGUCCAAGACCCUCUUGCUACAUUUCCGGUGGUUCGAGCAAGGAUGACGCGUUCCCAUGCUUACGUCCGGCAUGCCCAGGUCGUUUCCAGCUCGUCCGUCACGUGUCCUUCGUCGAUUGCCCCGGUCACGAUAUUCUCAUGGCUACCAUGUUGAACGGCGCUGCUGUGAUGGACGCCGCACUCCUUCUGAUCGCUGGAAACGAAUCGUGUCCGCAGCCGCAAACCUCGGAGCAUUUGGCUGCUAUUGAGAUCAUGAAAUUAAAGCAUAUCGUAAUAUUGCAAAACAAGAUUGAUUUGGUGAAAGAAGGCCAAGCCAAGGAACAGUACGAGCAGAUCAUGAAAUUCGUUCAAGGAACAGUAGCAGAGGGCGCACCGGUGAUACCAAUUUCGGCCCAACUCAAGUACAAUAUCGAAGUCUUAUGCGAAUACAUCACGAAAAAGAUUCCUGUACCCCUGAGGGACUUUACUUCGGAGCCUCGUUUGAUCGUAAUCCGUUCUUUCGACGUCAACAAGCCAGGUUGCGAGGUCGAUGACCUGAAGGGCGGUGUCGCCGGAGGAAGUAUUCUCAAAGGAGUACUCAAGGUCGGUAUGGAAAUUGAAGUGCGACCGGGAUUGGUGUCGAAGGAUGGCGAGGGAAAAUUGACCUGUCGUCCUAUAUUUUCGCGCAUUGUAUCCCUCUUUGCUGAGCAAAAUGAGCUGCAAUUCGCUGUGCCCGGUGGCCUUAUCGGUGUCGGAACCAAGAUAGAGCCAACAUUGUGUCGUGCCGAUCGUUUGGUCGGUCAAAUUUUGGGCGCCGUUGGUGCACUUCCAAAAAUAUUUAUCGAGCUUGAAAUAUCGUAUUAUCUCCUCAAGCGAUUGUUGGGAGUUCGAACUGAGGGCGACAAAAAGGGUGCCAAGGUACCAAGGUUGUCGAGAAACGAGGUUUUAUUGGUGAACAUUGGAUCACUGAGCACCGGUGGACGAGUUUUAGCGACGAGAGCCGAUUUAGCUAAAAUCAGUUUGACGAACCCGGUGUGCACAGAAAUCGACGAAAAGAUAGCGUUAUCGCGACGUGUCGAAAAACAUUGGCGUCUUAUCGGCUGGGGACAGAUCCGCGGAGGCGAGACGAUCCAACCAGUCGUCGAUCGCAAAUAAAUAAAAUAACAACAAAUACAAAAGAAUAUAACACGUGAACACGAGAACUCGUGACAAUUAUUCCAACACUAAAAUGAAAUAUGGGCUGCGAAUCACAAUGUACCAAGUUUCCAAUAAAGUCAGGCUUUAUAAACAAAAA